AUCUAUACACAAUCAUUAAACAUGUUUUUUUUUUUUAAGUUACACACCGCUCUAACUGCUGAGUCACACCAAAGUCAGGUGUUGUCGUGUUCUUUGGGUGUGUUGACGCGGGCGUGAAGCUCAUUUACCAAUUUAUCUCCAUCUCAGGUGUCAAACGACUCAGGUUUCCUUUUCUCACCUCUCAAUUCCUGUCAAAGUCUGUUAUUCUUCUUGCAUGUCAAGAUGGGAAGUGGAGCGUCCACUACCACCGUGGAUGCAACCCCUCCAAGCCAGGUGGAUGACUUGAAGUGUUAUCGGGUCAAAUCCCCGUCACUUGCAAUCAGGACCCCGUCACCUGUGGAACAGAUCCCCUCGCCUGUAGUUAGGUCCCCAACACCUGCAGUCCUGAGUGGAGAAACAUUGCAGGGGGAUGACAGACGCCAUGUGGUGGAUGUCCUGUCUGUCACCAGCGACCAGUCUGACUCCAAAUCGGCUGAAAAAGUAGAGGCAGUGACAAGUGUCGUCAAUCCACUCGUGACCCCAGGGAUCACAAAGGGAACAACUGGUCAACACAACACUGCUGAAGAUGGGGCAUAUAAUCAGGAAGUGUCCGGUGAGGAAGAGGAAGUACCAGUAAACUUUGAGAGUUUUCUUCACAACAAUGGAACUUUGUACAGCUGCUUCGAGCACCAUGGGAACAGAGUCUACGUGGAUGAGGCCCAGAAGCUGCAGCCUUUUCCCCAGGAAUGGUUUGACAUGGGGCGCUUCAUCAGGCCUAAUCAAGAGGUCGCCGUCCAGCCACUGGUCACAAGUGUCCAGCCGGUGGCAGCGGUUGGUGAAGAUGAUCGCGCAGGGAGCAUUUUCAUCCCAGGCAAAGGAAAUGUGAUGACGUACAUGUUUGAGGAGAGGUUGAACGUGUGCCGCUUCUGGGAUCCUCAUUCAGGCAUGUGGCUGCUGCUUCCCCUUCAGUGGGAAAUGAAUGUGGACUUUGUGCAAAGCAGAAUUCACAGAAUCACGUCAGUCCUCCCGGGCCUGCUAGACCAAAAAGAAAUCACGGCAGCACUCCGACUUUGUAACUAUGACGCUGAAGAUGUCAUCUCUGCCUACCUCACAAUGUUUGGAGAGAUCCUCUUGCAUGCUAACGCUAAUGCAACAGGAGAUCCAGGAUACAGCGAUCUUAAUUCAUUCAGAGCUCUUCUGGAGCGCGACCAUAUGAUCGAGGAUCUGAGGCAACAGCUGGACUCCAAACAGAAAGAGUCUGACGAACGUCUCCAUAGGAACAAACUCCUGGUCCGGGAAGUUCACCAUCUGAGCGAGAUUGUGCAAAACCUCAAUCGCAAAACAGCCGAGCUGGAGGCCGACCGACAGGAGGCACGGGAGAAGGUCCGCUUCCUGCAGAGUCGCCAGACACCUGUGGUGCCGAACACUAGGAGCGCCUCUGCCAAGCCCUCAGUGAAUCCGGAUCACCUGCGCCAGGCCGGUGGACUAGCCCGGGAGCUCAAGGUGUCUGCUAAACAGCUGAGGUCUUGGGUCCUCCUGACGCUCAGUGACUUGAAGAGCAUUCUAACCCAGACGGAAGAUGUCCUGAAGAAGAUGACUGAGGCUCAGCGGCAGGCAGACCGUGAUGCACAAACAAUGCGUUCACUUUACCAGAAGGAAACGCUUGAGAGACGCGCUUUAUACAACAAGCUGCUGGAGCUGCAGGGGAAUGUCAGAGUGUUCUGCAGGUGCAGGAACAUUCGCACAACUGGAAGCUCCUCAUGUCUAGAACAGUACGACCAGCAGGAAGUCACGUUAAUACACAAUAACACCAGGAAAAAGUUCUUCUUUGACAAGGUCUACGCACCCACCAGCACACAGGAGGAGGUUUUUGCAGGAACCGUGCCCCUCAUCACUUCCUGCGCAGAUGGCUAUAACGUUUGUAUCCUGGCAUAUGGGCAGACGGGCUCAGGAAAGACCUUCACCAUGAUGGGCACCAAGGAACAGCCUGGAGUUAACAUCAGGUCCAUACGGGAACUUCUCCGUGUGUGCUCACUCAAAGAGAAAGUUUCGUACGUUCUUAAGAUUUCCAUGUUGGAGAUUUACAAUGACACACUCAACGACCUGCUGGCGAAAAGUCCAGCUACAUCAUCCAGCCUGGAUAUACGCGUGCAGGGGAAGGUAGUGUCCGUGCCGGGACUGACUCAAGUGCAGGUGUGUGACGAGAAGGACAUCCUCCGUGCCAUGGAGACAGGAGAGAGAAACAGGAAGAUGGCAGCCACCAAGAUGAACAUCCACAGUUCUCGCUCCCAUCUUCUGGUGACGCUGGAGGUGCUCGGCAAUGACUCCUUAUCUGGAGAGAGCACGCGGGGUACGCUAACCUUGGGUGACCUGGCCGGGUCUGAGCGCAUCUCGCGGACAGAAGCUGAGGGUCAGCGCCUUGUGGAAGCCGCUGCAAUUAACAAGUCGCUGACCGCGCUUGGUCAGGUAUUUGCGGCGCUCAAGAGUAACGCCCUUCACGUGCCCUUCAGGAACUGUAAACUGACUCACCUUCUGCAGCCCAGCCUCAGCGGAGACGCCAAGUGUUGCGUCUUCAUCAACGUGAGUCCAGAUGCCAAGGACACGACAGAGACGCUUGGCACGCUCCAGUUUGGCUCGUCUAUUCGUCAUGUGACGUUGGGAAAAGCCACCAAGAAUCUCACACCAGCCAAAGGCGACAAGACCACAAAAUAGGCUGCAGCAGUGGGGAGCGUUGGGCUGAAGGCUCAGAAAUCACAUCGACUUUGUUAAUCAGCUAGAUAUAAUGUUGUGCUUGCAUCUUGUUCGCUCUCUGCUGUUGGCUCAAAUGAGGAGCGUUUGUGGUGAGUCUGUGUGAGGGUGUGUUCGUGUUGAAUAAACACCA